GGGUGGCACGCUGUAAUAUAAAAAAAAAUAUCAUAUGCUUCUUUCAGAGAGGAUUUGGUGACUUUAAAUAUGAAUUUUUCAUUUGUAAAUGGUACUCCAAAUCUAACUGGAAGUCAGCGGGACACGUUCGCCACAGCUGUGACCAAGAAUGUGAUCGUCACAGCCCUCUGCAUCUCCAUUAACUACAUCAACGGUACUCAUGUCCACGCCUUCAGAAAGCACCAGAUCUUCAACUCGAACCCUCGUUACAUUCUGUUCAUCCACCUGGUGAUAAAUGACAUGAUGCAGCUGAUCCUGUCAACUCUUCUCCACAUCAUCAGCUACACCCUUUACACCAUCAGUGUGUCCUUCUGCCUCAUCCUGCUGAUCAUCGCCAUCGUCACCACCCUCAACACCCCGCUGAAUCUGGCCAGCAUGGCGGUCGAGUGCUACAUCGCCAUCUGCAUCCCCCUCCAUCACAGCCAGAUCUGUACCGUAAAGAAGACCUACAUCCUGAUUGGUGUGAUCUGGCUGGUGAGCUUGCUCUCUAUCCUCCCGGACCUCUUCAUCCUAUUGGCCACAGAGCCGCUGCAUUUUUUUCACUCCAAACUCUUUUGUGCCAGAGAUUACGUGUUCAGAAGUGCUUACAGCCUGAAGAAGAGGGAUUUUUCACACAUUGUUUGUCUUGCCCUGGUCUGGAUCACACUCUUCUACACUUACUUCAGGAUUCUGUUCACCGCCAAGGAGGCCACCGUGGACAUUAAGAAAGCCAGAAACACAAUCCUUCUCCACGGUUUCCAGGUCCUAUUAUGUAUGCUUAAUUACGUGAGACCCAUGUUUGAACAAGGUCUGCUCUACCUGAUGCCCGGAGAGUUCCUGGCCAUACGCUUUGCCUCCUACGUCAUUGUCCAGAUUCUGCCACGGUUUAUCAGUCCAGUUGUGUACGGACUGCGAGACCAGACCUUCAGGAGGUACGUGAGAAGGUACCUGCUUUGUAAAGUGAACAUAAAGUGA